CUAUAGCACAGAGAACUAUAUUCAGUAUCCUAUGAUAAACCAUAAUGGAAAAGAAUAUUAAAAAAAAAAAAGUAGGGAAUUCCCUGGCAGCCCAGUUGUUAGGACUCUGCUUUUACUGCCAAGGACACAGGUUCAAUCCCUGGCUGGGGAACUAAGAUCCUGCAAGUUGCGCAGCAAGGCCAAAAAAAAAAAAGGAUAUAUAUGUAUAGCUGAAUCACUUUGCUAUACAGCUAAUUCAUUCAUUCAUUCAUUGCUGUACAGCAUAUUGAGAAAAAAAUUAGGGCCUCUAAAUUAAGUGUGCGGCCUGGGCGGGGCCCAGUGGUGGGCGGAGCCUAGAAUGGGAAACGGGAGGGGCCGCAUGGGCGUUAGGCGGGGUCUGGGAGAUCCCGGGCCUCAGGCUGGACGCGCUGGCUGGUUCCAUCUGGAAGCCGUUGUCAUGGUGGCCCCGGUGGUGUACUUGGUGGCGGCGGCUCUGCUUGUCGGCCUUAUCCUCUUCCUGACUCGCAGCCGGAGCCGGGUGGUAGCAGCUGUCCAAGAGCCUUUGCACAAUGAGGAGGAGGCAGUAGUAGCAGGCCGAGUGGCCCAGCCUCAGCCCCUGGAGCCCGAGGAGCAGAGAACUGGGGGCAGGCCCCGGCGCCGCAGGGACCUGGGCAGCCGCCUGCAGGCCCAGCGUCGAGCCCAGCGGGUGGCCUGGGCAGAAGUAGCUGAGAAUGAGGGGGAGGCCGUCAUCCCAGCCCAAGAGGAAGAAGACAUCGAGAAGCCAGUGGAAACUCACCUGUUAGGGAAAAUUGGAGCUAAGAAACUGCGGAAGCUGGAGGAGAAACAAGCACGAAAAGCUCAGCGUGAGGCAGAGGAGGCUGAGCGUGAGGAGAGGAAACGCCUUGAGUCGCAGCGUGAGGCAGAGUGGAAAAAGGAGGAGGAGCGGCUUCGCUUGGAGGAGGAACAGAAGGAGGAGGAGGAGAGGAAAGCCCGGGAGGAGCAGGCCCAGCGGGAGCAUGAAGAGUAUCUGAAACUGAAGGAGGCCUUCGUGGUGGAGGAAGAGGGUGUGGGCGAGACCAUGACUGAGGAGCAGUCCCACAGCUUCCUGGCCGAGUUCAUCAACUACAUUAAGCAGUCCAAGGUCGUGCUCUUGGAAGACCUGGCUUCCCAGGUGGGCCUGCGGACUCAGGACACCAUAAACCGCAUCCAGGACCUGCUGACUGAGGGAACUCUUACAGGUGUGAUUGACGACCGGGGCAAGUUCAUCUACAUAACCCCGGAGGAACUGGCUGCCAUGGCUAACUUCAUCCGACAGCGGGGCCGGGUAUCCAUCACCGAGCUUGCCCAGGCCAGCAACUCCCUCAUCGCCUGGGGCCGGGAGCCCCCUGCCCAGGUCCCAGCCUGACCUAGCCCUUCCCUCUUGGACUCAGAGCUGGCAUGGUCUAGCUGGCUAUACAUCUUUAUCCCUCCCUUCCAUCCUGGGGCAGUGAUGGAGUGUGGCCAGGCAGUUAUAGAUUAAAGGUCUAUGAGCACUGGUGAGCUUGGUGUGGCUUGGUGUGGCAGAAGGGGUGCUAGGUGAGCAGGUGAAAAUCUCAGCCUCAGAAUAUAUCUUGGGAGUGGGGGUGGGGUCCUUUGGAGGCAGAUACAAGUUCUGUUCUUAUCAAGCAUGCAUUCCUCCAUUCAUUCAAUAAAAAGCGUUUACCCUG